UAGACUGGAUAGUGCGAUAAGCAGAUGUCAGAGACGGAAUUGUUUUGAUUUGUGUUCAUAAUGAAUUUAUUUUCAUUUUUAUUAUUGUAUUUAAUUUUAAUUGACUUCUUCUCGAGUAUUUCCUGCAGCUAUGUUCGGUAUAACUUGAACCACAACAAAGUGUGUCCAUCCAGUAAAUUGACCAAGCUCUAUCAAUUUCUGGCCAAACCGGACCCACUGUACACGAAUCCCACAAGAGCAACGAUUGUCAAUUAUGAGUGGAGAACUUCCAAAAGUAUUCGGGAGUUCGACGACUGUUCCUUCAAGGUGCAGAGCCAUGGACGUGGAGGUCUCUACAUGGUCAUCUCCAAGCUGAAUCUCCGCCAGAAUCCAUCUAGUCGCAUCUGCACAGACUUCCUGAGGGUGCGCUUCACCAAUGGCACCAAGUCAGAUAGGAUAUGUGGAAAAAUCACCUCCAAAGAUGUCACAUCAUUUGCCGAUUCUGGAGGGGAAGUGAAGCUGUAUCUGGCCAUUGCCAAUCACAUCCCACUGGAACCCAAUGAGAUGCUUGAGAUCGAGAUGAUCUUCACGGAAUAUUUUGCAUGCAAGGACAAUAAAACACCAGAAUUUCAGUGUGAACUCAACAAGUGCAUUCAUGGGAAUUUCUUGAAUGACGGAGUGAACAAUUGUCCAACACCACACUGCCUGGACGAAGAAAUUGGUUGCUUGAGUCGACCUGAAGUGGAGGCUCACGAUGAGAGAAUGUCGAAGAAGGUGAUUGUAGGAGGAGUCAUUAGUGCUGUUGUUGUACUAAUUGGCUUCAGUAUCUGCGUCCUGGCCAUUUGUAAAUUCUCAACGUGCAUGAAAAUGCCACGUAGACCAUCGAAUAUCUAUGAGACCACACAGCACAGACCCCAACGCGUCGAGACGCAGGAAUUAAGUGCAAUUGGAAACAUAUCAGACAUUGGGCUUCCAACACCAAGUGCUCCAGCGGUUCUUGUCAUUGAGGACCAGAAUAAGGAUCCACCGCCAUCCUAUGAAUCUCUCUUUCCCAACACGAGUUAGCGCUAUCACGUUUCUUAGGUCGGCAUCGAGUCGAGGUAUUUAUGCAUUUGUUUCACACCCAUUCGCAAGUAUAUACCACUGAAAUUUUUUUCUCAUAAAAUAUAUUUAACCACAUUGGUUGGUAGUCGUAGUCGUAUAAGAUAAACGAUAGAAUAUAUAUCUAGUAUUGUAAAUAGUACUUAAUAGACACAUUUUGAUAUCAGUGAUGUGCCUUUAUCACGAACAAUAAACUCUGUACACGUAAGAUUACAAUGAUAUGGAAUGCAAGAUUUGGAGAUAUGCAGAGGGAGAGGUUGAGAUCAAAAGUUGAAUUGAAGAUAUCAGUUACCUCAAUUGAUUCACGCAAUCACUGCUUAAAGUGUUUUUAAUAAAAAAAAAAAUCAGACUUUUUUUUUUUGUAAUUUAUGGCCAUUGAAAACUACAAAUAUUGAAUAAAAUAUUUAUGAAAUUAUUAAGCAAU